UAGCGCUGGCCACACUAGGCUCGAAAAACCAUCACAAAAACAUGAAAACUUAGCCAUUCGAAAGCGAACAAAAACCGACUUUUCUACACCUUGUCAACCCCAAAUCGCGUUCGUACUCGCAACGUAAGAUGCUCCACAAGGAGUGCGCCGCCUAGCGAGGACCGGAGCGCGUGCAACAUGUGAGAUCGGCCCGCUGGGCGAUUCGUCAAAUUGCGUCGUGUUACAAAACUUUGGCCCUGGCCAAAUUGCCAACAACAACUCGGGCAUGAUGGCUAGUGCAGCGGCUGACUCGGCAGGCGUGAGUCAGGAGGAGGAGGAGCGGGAGUCCUUUGUCAUCUACCACGAUGGCCGGGCCCUGCAGCUCCACUGGCGCGGUGUGCCUCCUCUGACGCGAACGCCCGCAUCUCGUAUCUGCAGCAUUGGCGAUGUGCUGCUCCUGCUGACCACCGACCACGCCCUGUACUCCGCCCAGCUGCAGACGAACCGCAGCUCCCUCGACCUGCAGCUGCUGCGCACGGACGUGGUGGACAUGGACUUUUGCUCCGGCAGCCAGGAGCUGUUCGUGGUGCUCAGCAACGGAUCUGUGCAGCGCCAGCUUAUCACAGCAUCGGGCCGGGAUAUCCAUCACCCGCAUGCCUGGCAAACGCUCAGCUUCGACCCCCUGGAGCUGCUGGCUGAGGGCGUUCGCAUCCAGCGCGUUUGCUGCUCCGCCCAGGGCGUGGUCUUUGUUGGCGCCGGUGGCGAAACCUACGUAAUGGGGACCUGCGGCGAGGUGUUCAAGGCGGAGCAGCAGCCGCGCCACAUGCGUCUCUACGAAGAGGGCAAGGAGCUGCUCGAUCUGGCCGCCGGCAACGAACACUUUGUGAUGCUGGUGGCGCCCUACAACCUGGCCGACGAUGUGCUCCAGCUGCAGGUGGCCAAUCCUCGAGACGAGCCCGAGGACGAUCGGGCCUCUGUGAAGUCGCUGAGCAGCGGAAACUCGGAGCGUAGCUUUGCGGCGAACACGCGGCAUCUUCUGCACCAGGGAUACGCCCUGCUGCACACCCAACUCUUCACGUUCGGCGCUUCAAACAACGGCCUGUUGGGAACCGGAGACCACAUCCGCCGAGCGAAUGUGAUGCGCGUCCAGAAGCUGGACAGCAUGGGCGUGUGCAGCAUUGCGGCUGGGCUCGAGCACACGGUUAGUCGCACUCUGGACGGAAGGCUCUACCACUGGGGUCUGAACAGUCACGCCCAGCUGGGCGAAGACCUGAGCUCGCCCAUGGAGAUCACCAUUGCGGACAACGCCACCUGCCUGCCCAUGGAGCAGAAGUCAGCGCUAGAGGCUACCUGCGGGGACUACCACACGCUGCUGCUGAAUGCCUCCGGCCAGAUACAGUCGCUCCAACCGCCGCCGCCCAUGCGACACCUGCAGCAGUCCAGCACAUAUGCCCAGACGCUGCUCCAGCUGCAGUUGGGAGCGGCCUGGCCGCGACAGCUGCGACUACUCAUGUGCUCCGGUGGAUUCACGCUGCAGAAUCAACGCCAGUUCCAGCGACAGUACCACUACUACCUGAGCCACCUGCAGUCACAGCUGCAGCUGCUGCUCAAGCACCGCCAGGCGGUUCAGACCCUGGAGAUCUGGCAGCGGCAGUCGGCGCUGGAGACACUCAGUGCCCUCGGUCCGCUGCUGGUCAGCUGGGAGCGGAUGCUUUGCCUGCUGGUGGCCACCCUGCACUCCCUGGAGGGAUUCUACCGAGCGGACUUUGUGCAGCCGGCGGAUCUGCUCUUCAUAUGUCACCACAAGGAGUACAUAGACCUCUUUGAUGGCUACACCAAGGCCUAUUGCGAUGUUUUCUCGGUGAAUGGUUUUGGCGAGGCGGUGGCCGCCAUCGCUGGACUCAAUAGCCCGCUGGCCGAGCUCAACGAGGAAAGCUAUGUGACGCGGCUCUUCCAGCAGCCAUUCAGUGUCUACCAGCUGUUUGUCCAGUUCAUGGAGCUGCUAGUGAGGACGCAGCCGGAGUACGGAGAGCAUCGGGUGGCCUGGACUGAGUUUGCGCGGCACAGCUGCAUCAGCCAGGAGCUGGCCGUAAAUACGAGGGAUUUCUGGAGCAGCAAUGACCGCAAUCCCCGAAUCGUUCAGUUCCGCCGGCGCCAGCGAAGGGUGAUCUUAACGUCGGCACUGGUGCCCCUUAAGCUGGUCACCACCGGCAUCAGCAUGUCCAGCAAUAGCUUCAUUUUAUUCUCGGAUUUUCUGUGCCAAGUGGGAGGCAACUCACUGUACUCGUACCCCUUGACCACCUUGUGGGUGUGGACGGAGGGCGAGCUGUGCCUGAGGCUGACCACGCCCGAGAAAAGCUUUCUGGUGGCCACUCGCACCCAGGAGAUGCGCAAGGUGUGGUUAGACCAGCUGCAGUCCAGCAUUGUGGCGUCGCUGGGCAGGCCACUGGGGAGUCCGGUUCCCAGUGCCCGCUCCACAGGCUAUGAAUUCAGCCGGGAGCAUGCGAAAUACUCGCGGGUAAAGGCGUGUGGCACCUGGAGGAAGGGCGUAAUGCACGGGAACUGCUACCUGGAGUAUCCCGAUGGGAGUGUCUACUGCGGAGAGCUGAACCACGGGGUCAUUGAAGGCUAUGGCAAGAUGGUGAUUCCCUCAACGGGCCUGUACGUAGGCCACUUCAAGGGAGGCCGCUUUCACGGCCAUGGCGUCUACGAGAUGCACUGCAAGGAUGCUCCGGAGAGCGAGAUAUACGAGGGCAACUUCUGUGAGGGUCUGUUCCAUGGACAUGGAAUGAUGCGAAACAAUCGAUACAUCUACGUAGGCGAGUACCAAGCCAAUGCCCGCUGCGGCUACGGUGUGCUGGAGGAUCUGGUGAGCGGCGACAAGUACAUGGGCAUGUUUGCGGACAACAAACGAGCGGGCAUCGGCAGCUGCAUAACCAAUCGCGGGGACUACUUCGAGGGCAACUUUGCCGCCGACGAUUUGCUGGGCAACGGAGUGGCUGUCUUCGAGAACGACUACUACUAUGAGGGAGAGCUCACCCUGCAGGGUCCAAGUGGGCGCGGAGAGUACUAUAUGCCCUGCGGAGAAGCGGGAAAUGUUAGUGGGGAGUCAGACGACACCUGCGAGCUGAUAGGAAACAAGAUGUUUGGUCAGCUCAGCGGCAGCUGGGAGACCGUGCGCAUACAGGCCGGGGAGCUGGUCCUGAAUCGGAGGUUUCCCAAGUACCCAAGCUCCCUGGGCCGACAGGUGGUGGAUCACAAUCGCAAGUGGCGCUCGCUGUUCAACAACUUCGAAACGGACCUGGCCAACUGCACGGCCAGCAGCCAUCCCUCCUCUGCUCCUGGAGGCACUCUUAGAAAGUCCUCGAAACCCACGCUCAGCACGGCGCAACUCUGGAACUGCAUUGCCGUGUACAUGAGCAAACAGAGGGCUAGGGAAGGCGCCAAGCCGGGAAACUACUUCAACAACAUCCUGCUUAGUCUGCCGCUGCCGCAAAAAACCUCCUCGCCCUUGGCCAAGGCACGGACCACAACGAACGCUUUAAGCAAGCUGCAAACGGAGGCGGCUUCGGCUCUGGACUUUCUGGGGUUUCCACCGCGUCGCAUUCACUCCCAGGAAACGCUCAUCUCUAAGCCAGGAGGACUCCAGAGGGCCGAUAGCCUGCUCUCGAUGGGACACAACUCAACGCGGGACUUGGACACGAGUAGCCUGGCCAGCUUCCAGCUUGACCAGAGCCUGCUCAACAGUACCUUCAAUAGCGAGGAGUCAACUACUCUGAACGAGAGCUUCGCUAGCCUGGGCCACAACAACAACAACAACAAUGGGAUAUCCAAGCAGAAGAACAGCAGCGAUUGCUCCAUCACCUCGACUGCUUCGACGACGAGUGCCAUGCUGGAUCAAGUGCCCAGCUUUGGCAUGGCCAGCACGCUGACGGAGCAGGACUUGGCCUCCAUACGACUGUACCUGGAGCAGGCCUUUAAGGAUCGACAUCAUCCGCUUUACGCGCUGAACGAGCGCAUUGCCAACUGUUUCCACUACUCCUAUGGCUAUUGGAAGGUCAAGCCCACCCCGAUCCUGGCCAAGCAGGCGAUGCGAGAGUGGGAGUCCAUAUCAAGACGCAUUUACCGAUUUGUGCGCAAGAUGUUCCCCGCUUUGCCGGAGGACUACUGUCACAUGGAGGGCAGCAGGGAGGUGAUAUCGCACAUCACGCUGCUCUAUCCGCUGGUGCUCUCGGAGGGCAUAUACUCCACCCUCUUUGUUCUGUAUGCGAACAAGUAUAGUCGCAAGGACGAGAUGUAUAGGCAGAAUCUGAACCAUGCCGAGAAGCUGAAGGACCAGGAACUCGUGGAACUAAUGGGCCAUGAGAGCUUUCUCCAGACGGUGAUGCUGGAUCCCAAGUUCGAGGAGUCUGUGCAGACGUUGAAGCAACUGCAAGAGAAGUUUAGUCCCCAGGACAUGUUGACUGUGAUACAGCGCAGCACGCAGUUGCUGACCGAGGCCUACGAGCACGCCAUGUCGGCCAAUGCCGCCCAGUUGAAUGCGGACAACAUGAUUCCGCUCACCAUGCUCACCAUGCUGCGCGCUGCGGUUCCCCACUUGGGGGCGGAAUUGGCCCUGCUGGACGAUCUGACGGGCCCCAAUUUCCAGGCCGAGAUGAAUGGUAUGGCGGGCUAUUGCUACACCACCUUAAAGGCGGCCUACGAGUUUGUUACCUUGCGAGCCCUUCAAAAGAAUCCCUGAAGCAGCCUGCUGUAGUAUGUAUUUCCCCCUUGUUUUUGGGGUAGCGACAUAAGUCCGCGCGACAUGUCGCUAUGCCUAUUUCCCCCCUGUUUUUUGUUUACUUGUUAAAAGGAGUGAUUGACUAGGUUGCUCAAGGUUUGGCUAACGUUAUGAAAUCCACAAGAACACCGCUGAAAAAGGUUUCUAGUUGGGCUUGAAUGGAACCACAAUCGUAGGAAUAGUUUAGAGAAGAGAGAGAGCUAAGAUAAGUGAACUGUGAGAUCGUAUAUAAAUCUGUAUAUACUUCAGCGACGAAACUCCCUCAUAGGCUAGCGGGCUGCGAUUAUGUACAGAGGCCAAUAGUGAAUGUGUAUCUAUAUGUAUUUGAAUGUAUCUGUUUUUUUAUAUUCUAAGGCAACAACACAUAACAUUCCGAUUAUUCACCAAACCAAAUAAAUUAUCUUCUGCAUAAA